AUGGGUGCUCUUGGAAAUGUCGUCUAUCUCAACAGUGUACUGUUGAUAUAUUGCUCUGCUGUAAACAGUGCAAUGGGUAUUGUAUCCUAAGUAUUUGAUGAGCGUGAUUAUUUAAACUUAGGCAACAUCUCUCUUUUUGUUAUCUAUUUGGCAUCAGGAAUCAACAAUCUGAUUGCACCAACUUAUGUUAAAAAAAUUUAAUACAGAUAUAUUUUCGUAUUGAGUUCUUUAGGGUAUCUCUUUUUCUUGAGUGAGGGAAUUUUAGUUUGUAGCUGUAACGACGAAUACACUUAUUUUUAUUGUAGAAAACCAAUAAUUUACUCAAUUAUAGUUGUUGGUUCUGCAAUUUGUGGGUUCUUAUCCUCAAUUUUGUAUAUUUGUUAAAAUGAAUAUACAUCAGAAAACACAAAUGAAUAAAACAAGAGUCUUUAUUUUGGUAUAGCUUGGGCUUUACUCUAAAGCUCAUAUAUUGUUGGAAACGUAUAUUCUAUGUUUUUCAUUGAGCCUCUUGGCCAAUUUGGAUAUUUCCUUUUAAUGACAGGUAUUGCUUCUGUGACUAGCUUAUUUUUCUUGUUUAUUUAAAAACCUCCUAAAAAACAGCAAAUUUUAGACUCUGAUAAAGUCCCUAUCAACUUAGGAAGCUAAAGUCUUAUAGAUAAAAAUGAAAACGAGUAAUAAUAUAGACCAAUAGAAUCUGCUGAGGAUUAAUAGUAAGAUUUUUAUUCUUUACCACUAGGGCAAUAGCUUAAGUCUAUGUUUAAUAUCAUGAGCCAGCCUGAUAUACGCCCGCUUUUAUUUUAUAUGUUUUCAAGCGGUAUAAUUAUGUCUUUUGGUUUUGGUGUCCUUUAUAGAAUAGUAUAAGAUAGUCUUUCAUCUGAUCUUUCAGACGAACAAGUUAAUAAAAAGACUUUUACUGUGAAUAUAGUUUUGGGUUGUUUCGAGUUUUUCGGAGGUGCAUUUGUUACUCCACUUGCUGAUAAGCUAAAUAAAAAAAGAAUAGCUAUUUCAACAAAUUUAUUAUUUGAGGCUGCAAUAAUAGGAAGUAUAAUAGCUCACUAUGAAAAGAAUUAUUUGUUGUGCUUCUUUGUUGCUGCUUUAUGGGGAAUGACUGACUGUACUACUCAAAGCAUGAAUUGUAAUUUAAUCUCCACAAAAUUUGGAGAUGAUGUACGUAUUUUUGGAAUUUGGAACUUAGUUUAGUGUGUAGGUGCAUUUAUUGGCAUGAUUUUCUCAAUCAUAUUUAAAUAACUAAAUAUAAUCUAUUAUCUUUUAGUAGUGGCUGCAAUUUAAAUGAUAACAAAUGUUGCUCUCUCUACUUUCAAACUUAAAAACAAGGAUUAAUCAGAAAAACUCCACUCAGAGUGA